AUGGUCUUCUUCGUGUACAUUGGAGGCGGUCCACGGGCCCUCGCCCUGAGCGGUGCCAUGUUCUUAGCCUCCAUGCUCAUCCAACGCUGGGGGACCGACGAGUUCACAGGUGAGAUGAGCUACUUCGACGAGCUCGAAGCGGAGCGUGGCUUCCACAGUUAUGGCCUUGACCGCAUGGAGCGCCUGCGCCUCGAGCGCCAACGGCGGCACCGCAGCUCCGCGCGCCACGCGCGCCACGGGCGCGGGGGCAGUGCGUCGGGCGGAACGGGCGGCGGCUUUUUGGGCGGCGGCCUGUUCGGCAUGAGCGACUACUUCGGCGGCGGCUUCUUUGGCUCCUUUUGCGCAGCCAUGCUGCUGUCCCUCUUCCUCUUUGCAGUAGGGCUGUUCCUUUUGCGCGCGCGGCCCGCGUUGCGACAACACUGGCUAGUACAGAGAAUUGAUCAAGUGCUGAUGGACGUCGCCGCGCGCAUCGAAGUUUGGAUGCUGAAUCUGCUGGGCCAAGAGAACCACCGAGGGACACGUGAGCGCGUGAGUAGCGAGGAGGUGCAGAAGAUUCAGAGAGAGACCUUUGUGGAUGAGCAGCAGCUCCAGAAGUGGAGCGUGGCAUCCCUCAAGGACGAGCUGCGGAAGCUCCACCGUCAGGCCGAGCUGCGGAUGACCUUCGCCGGCGGCCGCGAGACCCGGGAGAUGCAACAGUUUCUGAAGUCUGGGCUUGGCGUGGAGAAGGCGGAGCUGGUCCAAGCCGUGCUUAAAGCUCGUGGAGGUGAUUCUGGCAUCAACUGCGCAGUGUGCCUCUCCAACUACACCAGCGGCGACGAGCUGCGUGUGUUACCGUGUGGACACCGCUUCCACUGCGAUUGCGUGGACCGAUGGCUCACGCAGCAGAGCAGAACCUGUCCACUCUGCAGCAAGCGAGUGUGA